AUGGCCGAUCCGGAGGCCAUGGAAGACGUGCAGCUGGGCGCCAAAAGGCCAGCGCUCGAUAUUGAGAGUCUCAAAUCAAAGAAAUUCAAAGCAGAUGAUCUGCCUUUAUCUUCGGCGCAGCAUGCGAGCAUCGAUAAACUCCUGCUUUCGUUCAAGAAGAAGGGUGGAUUCGACAGCAUUCGCAAGAAAAUCUGGGCCGACUUUAAUGAUGGAGAGUCGAAAACCAAGUUCACCGACGAGUUGUUUGCAUUGGCCGAGUCAGAAAUCGAGCGCGAGCCAGCCCUCCUUUCACGCGAGAGAGGAAAAGCUGCAACUCUGAUCGAGGGGGCCGUCGACCGAAGCGAUGUCUACAAGAACGCCGAAUUAUCCAUCGACACGCUAGCAUCCAACCAUUUGCAGUCCAUACUUGAUUCCGUGCGCGAGAUUCGUCGACAAGAAAUUGGCGACGAAGCAGCGACGAAAGAAGAGGAGGCUGGGAACAAAACGGAUGCAGACUACGAAGCCCAUGUGCGAGCCAAGCGAGAGGAACGGGAAAAGGUCUGGCGCGAGGAAAUGCGCAAGCAAAAAGAAAUCGACGACGAGCAAAAACGCAUCAGGGACGAGGAGCGCCGCAAAAAACGUGAAUUGGAACGGAAGAAGGAAGAAGAAGAAUUGGCGAGGAGGAAGGAGAUCGAUGACCAACGGCGAGCCGAGCGUGAGCGUGAGCGCGAAGAGCAAAGGGCUAUUGAUGACCGGGAGCGAGAGGAGAGACGCGAACGGCGGAGACGAGAGGAUCGGGACCGGUAUCGCGACUACGAUCGAUUUAACGAUUGGUCGCCAGCCUAUCGCUCUGAUCGUGGUGUGUCACGCACCGGGGAUACAAAACGAGAGAAGUCUGCCGUAUCGAAAGAUGCAACUCCUGCACCAGCUGGCCCUGUAGAUGAGGAGUCACUCGAGGAAGCUGCUUUGAAGCUGCUGCUGAAAGAGGGAGAGGAGCUUGCAGCUAAGGCGCGCCAAAAGCCAGAUUUUGACUUUGAAAAGGCCGAGGCCCUCGAGAGCGGACUGAAACCAGACAAUAAAAAUGGCGACUCAAAGUUGGGCAAUGCCUUGACCAGGACGACUAGCGCAUCGCGCGACUCCAGGCCCCGCGAUUCCAUAUCCGACCGAAGAGAUCGGACUCGACACCACACCCGAGACCGGAGCCGAAGCCGCUCUCGCCGACGCGGAUCUAGGUAUAGCCCUGACCGUCGUCGUGAUCGGUCUAGGGAUGCUUCAGUGAGAUCACGUGAUGAACGACGUGGCUUCCGUGAUUUCCGUGAUUCCCGCGAUGAUCGAAGCUAUCGACCAAGCCUUCGCACUCGUAGUCGAUCAGUAGCUAGGGAACGAGAUCGUGAUAGAGACAGACCUCGACCACGUUCUAAAUCCCGAGACCGAGACCCUGACCGCCGUCGCGACAGAAGCCGAGACCGUCUCCUUCACGCCGACGUUCACGUUCUCGAUCUCGAUCUCGUCAACGUGUUCCCCGAGAACCACGCUCUCGUUCUCGGUCUGCCGGCGCGCGACGAAGGUCACGAUCCCGACGUGCGUCACGCACUCGACGCCCUUCUCCCGCCAGACGGGCCUCUCCUACCAGAAAAGCCUCACCUUCACUUGAUAUCGACCGUUAUGUGCCGUCGACUAGCAACCGAAGCAAAUCACCCCGUCGUCGAGCCCGCUCCCCGGAUCGCGAACAAAGACCGCGACUUGGCGAAAUUGAUCGCUACGUUCCUGGCUCUGAGCGAGAGACUGGCAAAGAAAGAGAGAUCAAACCUGCAGCAGAGCCGAUUAAAGACACGGAUGACCGAAAUACUCGUCGGCGGAGUCGUAGUCGACGAAGAAGCCCAAGCCGACGUCGAAGUCGUUCUCGUCGACGAAGCCGUUCUCGCAGACGAAGCCGAGGAUAGCUACGAGGGAUAUAGGAGAAUCUUA